CUUGCUCAAGCAAUCCUCCCACCUUGGCCUCCCAAAGUGCUGGGAUUACAGGCAUGAGCCAAUGUGCCCAGCCAAACAUCUUUUUUCCUAUGUGUAACCUUUUUACAUGGAGCUUUUAUUGCUGUGAGCAGAUUCCCAGAAACAGGGUUGCUGGGUAAUGGGGUUUGUAUAUUGCCAGCUGAUUUUCUAGAAAAAGAUUGAGCGACUCACAUUCUUUCACCGGGCUGGUUCUCUUGCGUCCUGGUUGGUGCUAAAAAUUAGCUCAUCUGUUCACUCAUCUUGAUGUCUGGGCACCUCCUGUGUGCCACACAUUGUCCUGGAUGCUGGAGAUACAAUCCAAAAAUGAUAGUCCCUGCUCCCUGAGGGCUUAUGUUCUGGUGGAGGGGAAGCAGGUGACAAACUUGGAAACAAGUGUUUUUACAAAGACAACUGUAGAUAGUGAUGUGUGCUGUAAGGAGAUAGAGGGGAGAGGCUUGCAGCUUGAACUCGGAGGCUUGGGAGUGGGAGACUUCUCCGAGGAGGCGACAUUCGAUCAGAUCAUGAGGCAGAGCCCGCUAUGGGAAGAGCAGUCCUUGCACAGCAGCUGCAAAGGCCAGGGCUGGGGCCAAGUGUGGGAGUGGGGCCACCGAGGGCAGACCACAGCGCUGUGUGGGCAGAGGGGAAGACUGAGAGAUUUCUGGUGCUAGGGGAAGCUGCUGGAGAGUUUUAAGCCAGAGGAUGUUUUUACUGAGCACCAGUAAAAUGGAGGGCCAGGUACAGCAUCUUAGUCCACAGACAUUAUGUCUUAGAGCCACAAGCUGACACUGAGAUCCGUUCGUUUCUCAACCUUGCCACUACUGACACUGGGGCCUGAUCAUUCUUUGUGGGGUCUGUUCUGUGCAUUGUAGGGUAUUUAGCAGCACCCCAGGUCUCUGCCCACUAAAUGCCCAUAGUUUCUCUGCCUCCCUCAAAUUGUGACAACCACAAAUGUCUCCUGGGAGGCAAAAUUGCCCCUGGUUGAGGACCGUUGCUCUAAAGGCUCCAGCUUGGCCUUAUAUGUGUCCCCCUACAAUUAAAAUCAUUUGGCAUUUUACUUGUGGAAGUUGGGGCCAUUUAGCCUCAGAAACACCCUUUGUCUUAGUUAUUCUUGCAUUUAGGAUGUGUGAGAAUCACCUGGGAAACUUGUUUGGAAAUACUGAUUCCUGCCCCCCCCCAGGUGGUUUGAUUCAGAGGGUCUGAGUGGGGACCCAGGAAUCUAUAUUCCGAGUAAUAACAUUUUAAUACGCAUCCUCAGUGAUUCUGGCACUUUGAGAAUUGGUGCUGUAGCUAAAAGGUGGUUGUAUAGGAGAUGACUGGGGUUUUUCUGGGUGACCCCAAGGUGUUGGAGAUUUAGGGAGGCAUGUUUCAGUUUAUAGCAGAAGGAAAAUUUGUUUCCAGUCAGAAGUGUUGGUGGCUCAGGUAGUGAGCUCCCUGUUUUGGGAGGCAUGCAAAUCUAGGCAGGUCCCUGUGGAGCCAGGACUGAUCCAACAUGCCCCAAACUUUAAGAAUUUGCUUUAACCUGUGCCACCUCUCCUAUUUUAUACUUUGUUUUUUAUUUGAAUUGGCUCACUGAUUUUUUUAAAACUUUAAAUCAACUUAGUUUAAAAGGGAACUCCACGUGACUGCUGUAGAUAAAAGCUGAGUAUUGUUGUAAAAAGAGAAAUAUUAGAACAAAUGAAAGUAAAGCCAGGUAGUUCUAACAAGAUACUAUGGUUGGCCUAAGCUGGAGUCCAGAGUAGAGUAGGGGGGAAGGGGGUACACGCCAGUGGCCAUUGAGAAUCGAAACCGAAUGCAUUCCCCUGGGGGAUCCUACCUCUGGGAGCCCGAGCCUGGGGUGUCCUGCUCUUUGGAACAUGCUCAGCGGACACCAGCGCCCUGUUGGCCCUCCAGGCCCGUCGUCCCGGUGGGAUGGCCACUCAGCUGCUGACUGACCAGGCCCUGGUGAGUCGUGCCGCCCACGCGCAGUCCUUCCUGAAGGCUCGUGCCCAGGGGGCCAGGCUCCUGCCUCCCGGCACCAGGGACGUUCAGGGACGUGGCUGUGGACUUCAUGCAGGAGGACUGGCAGCAGCUGGAGCCUGCUCAGAAGGGCCCGCACGGGGGCGUGGUGCUGGAGGACUACAGGAACCUGGCCUCCCUGGGAGCACAGUUCAGUGGCCUUCAGGACAUUCAUGUGUGCGACCAUCACUGCCAUCCAUCCCCAGAACUGAUAAAUCUUUCUCAACUCCCGAUGUCCCCACCCUGGCACCCCCACUGUCCCUCUGUCUCUGUGAAUCGACUCCUCCAGGAACCUCCUACUGGCAGAGUAGACCUGAAAUGAAAGAGUCGGAUCCAAAGGAUGACAUUUUGGAAGACAAAACAUCCACCAGGGUGGCCACGGGGACUGCAGUUGGGGGUCCCGCCUUAGGAGGAGCGUGGAGACUGGGCGGCUGGCCAGAGGGCUAUGGGGGUGCCCGGACAGGGCGGGAGGGGCUGGGAACUGCCCAGGAGAGCAAACUCCGUGGCGAGCCAGGCCCCGAAUGCGGAGAACGGGAGGGAUUUGCUGACCAAAGCCCUACCCUGGUCCCGCCGAGGCUGGACGAGCCCCCAGAAAAGGGGGGCUGUCCGCUCGCGAGGCCUGGGAAGAACUCCAGCACCUCAGAGCCCGGCCAGCCGCCGGUGCCCUCCGUGGAGAAGAAGCCCUUCGACUGCAGCGAGUGUGGCAAGGCCUUCAGCCGAAGCUCUUCCCUGAUGAAACACCAAAGGAUCCACACAGGAGAGAAGCCUUUCGAGUGCGACACCUGCGGGAAGCACUUCAUCGAGCGCUCGUCCCUCACCAUCCACCGGCGGGUGCACACCGGGGAGAAGCCCUACGCGUGCGGGGACUGCGGUAAGGCCUUCAGCCAGCGCAUGAACCUCACCGUGCACCAGCGCACGCACACCGGCGAGAAGCCCUACGUGUGCGACGUGUGCGGGAAGGCCUUCCGGAAGACCUCGUCCCUCACCCAGCACGAGCGCAUCCACACCGGGGAGAAGCCCUACGCGUGCGGGGACUGCGGCAAGGCCUUCAGCCAGAACAUGCACCUGAUCGUGCACCAGCGCACGCACACGGGCGAGAAGCCGUACGUGUGCCCCGAGUGCGGGCGGGCCUUCAGCCAGAACAUGCACCUGACCGAGCACCAGCGCACGCACACGGGCGAGAAGCCGUACGCCUGCAAGGACUGCGGCAAGGCCUUCAACAAGAGCUCCUCCCUCACCCUGCACCAGCGGAACCACACGGGCGAGAAGCCCUACGUGUGCAACGCGUGCGGCAAGGCCUUCAGCCAGAGCUCCUACCUCAUCCAGCACCAGCGCUUCCACAUCGGGGUGAAGCCCUUCGAGUGCAACGAGUGCGGCAAGGCCUUCAGCAAGAACUCCUCCCUCACGCAGCACCAGCGCAUCCACACCGGGGAGAAGCCCUACGAGUGCUACAUCUGCAAGAAGCACUUCACGGGGCGCUCGUCCCUCAUCGUGCACCAGAUCGUGCACACCGGCGAGAAGCCGUACAAGUGCGGCGAGUGCGGCAAGGCCUUCAGCCAGAGCGCCUACCUCAUCGAGCACCAGCGCAUCCACACGGGGGAGAAGCCCUACAGGUGCGGCCAGUGCGGGAAGUCCUUCAUCAAGAACUCCUCGCUGACGGUCCACCAGCGCAUCCACACCGGCGAGAAGCCGUACAGGUGCGGCGAGUGCGGGAAGACCUUCAGCCGGAACACCAACCUGACGCGGCACCUGAGGAUCCACACCUGAGCGCCUCCGCGGGGUCCAGCCCGUGUUGGGGGCGCGUUCUCCCUGCGGGGCGCAGGCGGCUUCUGCUCCACAAGUGCCCCUCCGCACGCACCGAGCGUCAGAGCAAGCCCCUCUGUCUCCCCUCUUUGGGAACGUUGGAAGGCUCUGUCCGCUGAGCCCGGGUUACCGGCACGGGGAGCUCAGCCAUGGGCCAUCAGGGCUCAGACCCCGCUGUCUGAGUGAAUUGUCCUAAGAGCUUGGGCCUGUGGGGCAUGCCCCUGGGCCUCAUUUCCUCAGUAGUGGAGUGUAGGUUGCAGAGGGGUGGGGAGGUGGACUCAGAUGGGCAUUGGGACGUUUCUCCCUUUGUGGAGUACCUUGGAGCCCAGGUGUAGUUUGUCACCAUCUGUGAUUUUCCUGGGUGGGUAAGGGCGUGGGGCUUUCUCUCCGGCCCCAGUCUCCCUACAGUAUGUGCUGGAAGCCACUAGGCUAGUAAGUGGUAGAAGUUUGCAAGUUGUUUGUGAGGGGGAAUUUUUUUUUCAGAGUUAGAAAAUAACAAUAACUACUGCUUCAAAUGCCAAAGGUUCUUAGAGCAGUCUGUUACAUUUUUUAAAAUAAAACUUUUAAUUAAGGGA